AUCAGCAACAUUAAACUUCAGGUCUAAUUCAAAUAGAUUUUCUUUUAAGAAAAGAGGUCUAACUCAAAUAAGUUCUUUUUUAAAAUGGUUCCCUCCGGGCUCCGGCUCGGAUUUUGAAUGGUUUCUCUAUUUUGCAGCCUAAUGAAAGAAGAUGAUAUUAUUGGAGCAUGUUCUCUGCCUUGUUUGUCGCUCCCUCAAAGUAAAUGCUGCAGCCUGCAGAAACUGAGAACUGAGGGCACAUCAAAGAGAGAGCGGCAAUCGAAAACGAUGCGUCGAUGCCAAAAGCGGCAAGAGAAGAGGCUGCCUGCCGUACCGUACGAGCAGGGCGCCAGGGCCCAACAAAAGCGAGCGCAAAGCUGCCCGUCCUCGCGUUUUCAUUUAAAGCGCCUUCUUCUCCGCACCCUUCCUGCUGCCUCUUCUGCUCCUGCAACUGCGAGCUCUAUUCAAGAGCUGCAGCAGCCUGCGGAGACGAACGAGGCAAUUCAUGAAGAAGACGAUGGCAGUGGGAGGAGGUGGGAAGGGAGGCACAGCCGCUACGGACCUCCUGGUGUGCUUCCCCGCUCGGCAGCACCUGGCGCUGAUGCCCAAGCCCAUCUGCAGCCCGUCCCGGACCACCAUGGACAAGGCGGCGGCCGCGCGCCGGCGCCAGCUCCAGCUUCCUGGCGCAAGCGCUGCCGCAGGUGGCGGGAGAGCGCGCGGGAGCAGUAGCGCCAUGUUCUGGGGGUCCAAGGCGAGGCAGAGGCCGGAAGAGGAAGAGGAGCCGCAGUCGCCGAAGGUCACGUGCGCCGGCCAGAUCAAGGCCGGCCGCCCCAGGAAGGUGAAGCCGGGCUCGGAGGCAGCGACGAAGCACGGCAAGGGCGGCGCCAAGAGCUGGCUCGCCGUGGUGGAGGAGAUCGAGCGGCUGCGCGGCCGGCGGAAGAAGGUGGGCUGGCUCGAGACGCUCGGGAUCAGGCGGGACGCGCUGCCGUUCCUAGGCGGCGCGCUCCGGAGCCUGCGGUCCAAGGCGUGCUGCUUUGGGUCCCUCCAUGCCGGUGCCGCGGCCGUGGACUCCUCCGUUGACUCCGACCACGACGCGGGGGAGCGUGGGAGCGAGCACGGAGCCGGAGGGAGCGCCGCGGCCAGCGUGUUCUCCAAGUGGCUCAUGGUGCUGGAAGGCGGCCAGGAGCCGAUGGAGCAAGACGAAACCAGUCUCGAUCACGGCCAGGAAGAAGACGUCGAGCUCGAGCGGCAGCAGUGCGAGGAGACCGCGCCGCCGCCGAACGCACUGCUGCUCAUGCGGUGCCGCUCGGCGCCCGCGAGGGGACGACUGUCCGUGUCCAGGACCAGGAGGGAGUGCGAGCAGUUGGCCGGCGAGGUCGACCAAGAGAAGGAGGCAGCGGAUGGCAUGCCGGGAGACGGUGAAACAGAGGAUGAGCUGGUGUUCUUGAGCACGGCGCCUGGCUUCAUGAAGCUGUCACUGGACAUCGCCAAGGAGACGUGGGUCGUGGGCGGCGGCGCGGACCCGAUCGCGAGGAGCCGGAGCUGGAAGAGGUGACCGCGCCGCGUGCGCAGAGCCGACGAGGAUGACGACGACGUGGAGGCGCGGAACUCGUCGUGUACAGAUCGCGUCACUGAUAAUAUAUGUGUUGGAACAUAUAUAUAAGCUCAUGUUAGUAUUGUUACGUGCUCCGUAAAUGUUCGAGUUCUAAUCUAGGCAUAGGAACUUGAGAUGAAAAUUGAUGCGCGUGCAUUUGUCCCCAAAUCCAAGUGAAACCACGCCAACUUCUUGA